AUGGCUGAUUGGGGUAACGAUCACGGCGGCUCUGCCAACGGCUAUGGCGACGAUGGCCACAACAACUACGAUUCACCCAACGAUGCUGGCUUUGGCAACAACGGGUUUAACGGUGCCGAGGACCUCGGGGACGGUCAACCCGGCGGCGACGACAAGUGUUUCGGCUGCGGUGAGAUUGGUCACCGUCGCGCUGAGUGCCCUAACCCCCAGGAGAUGGCCUGCCGCUACUGCAAGAAGGAAGGUCAUAUGCGCAAGGAUUGCCCCGAAGCACCACCUAUGGUCUGUGAGAACUGUGGUGAAGAAGGCCACUUCCGAAAGCACUGCGAGAAACCUCGCAAGAUCAACCGUGACCACAUUGCCAAUGUGCACCCUGAGGUUGCCUGGAAGAAGAUCCAGCAGGCAGUUGCCGAGCAAGAUGUUGACGACGCCAAAGAAGCCGUAAACGAGUACGUAAAGGGCAUUGAAGGCGAAAUCACCUACCGCCAGCUUCAGGAGGCCCUGAUCGACCAUAACAUUGGCCUCUGGCUCAUUCCCACUGAGCGCACCCUGGUUCAAGUCUUCACCAACAUGGACCUUCAGGGCAACAUCGACAAGAAGUACACUGUGUCGUAUCGCUUUGUUGAAAAGGCCGACCGACCCCGGGAGAUUGAGGGCUGGCCCAAGACCCGCGAGGAGCUCCUCGAGCGCCUGGACGAUGCUGGCGAGAUCGUUGACCGAGGUCUCCCUCUUUGCAGCAACUGUAGGGAGCUUGGCCAUAUUUCCAAGUUCUGCACCCAGGAGAAGAUGGAACGCACCGACGGCCCUAAGAUCUCUUGCUACAACUGUGGCGCAGAUGGUCAUCGUGUCCGAGACUGUCCCGAGCCUCGCGUCGACAAGAAUGCUUGCAAGAACUGCGGCAAAUCCGGCCACAAGGUCGUUGACUGCGAGGAGCCUCCUAACCCCGCCAAUGUCGAAUGCCGCAAGUGCAGCGAAGUCGGACACUUCGCCAAGGACUGCCCUCAGGGCGGCGGCCGUGCCUGCCGAAACUGUGGUCAAGAGGGACACAUGGCCAAAGAAUGUGACCAGCCCCGAGACAUGUCCACUGUGACUUGCCGCAACUGCGAGCAGCAAGGCCACUACAGCAAGGAGUGCCCCCUUCCUAGAGAUUGGAGCAAGGUCCAGUGCUCUAACUGCCAGGAGUAUGGCCACACCAAGGUCCGAUGCAAGGCCCCUCUGGCUGAAGAGUCUGCUGACGACAGAUGGGGAGCUGACGACAGCGGUGCUGUUGCUGUGACCGUUGGUGAUGGCGACGAUGGAGGAUGGUAA